GCCGCGCGUGCCUUCGCAGUGGGCCCCGCCGCGCGGGCCGGGGGGGCGCGGGCGCCGCGCGGCGCCCGAGGCGAAAAAGUAGCUGUCAAAUGCGCGGCGCCUUUAACCGGCGCGAUCAGUGCGGCUCGGCGAGUCAUGGCGACCGCAGCCUCCAACCACUACAGCCUGCUCGCCUCCGGCUCCCCCAUGGUGCACGCCGAGCCGCCCGGCGGCAUGCAGCCCGGCGGCGGCUACCGCGACGCCGGCGCCCUGGUGCAGGCGGACUACGCGCUGCAGAGCAACGGGCACCCGCUGAGCCACGCUCACCAGUGGAUCGCGGCGCUGUCCCACGGCGGCCCCGGCGGCGGCGGCGGCGGCGGCGGUGGCGGGGGUGGCGGCGGCGGCGGCGGCGGCGAGGCGCCCUGGUCAGCGGGCGCGCUGGGCCAGCCCGACAUCAAGCCGGCGGUGGUGCAGGCGGGCGGGCGCGGCGACGAGCUGCCGCCGCCGCCGCAGCACCCGCCGCCGGGGCGGGCUCCGCACCUGGUGCACCACGGCGGCGGCGGCGGGCACCACGCGGCGGCGGCGGCGGCGGCGGCGGCAGCGGCGUGGCGGGCGGGCGGCGCGGCGCACCUGCCGCCCGGCAUGGCCGCGGCCAACGGCGCGCAGGCGGGGCUGCUCUACUCCCAGCCGCCCGGCUUCACCGUCAACGGCAUGCUGGGCGCCGCGCAGCCGGCGCUGCACCACCACGGCCUGCGCGACGCCCACGAAGAGCCGCCGCCGGGGCCCCCCGGACCGCCGCACCACGGCGCCGAGCACCCGCCGCCGCCCCACGGCCCCCACCCCGGGGCGGCCGGGCCGGCACCCACCGCCGCCGCCGCGCCCCCUGGGCCGCCGCCGCACCACGACCCGCACUCGGACGAGGACACGCCGACCUCGGACGACCUGGAGCAGUUCGCCAAGCAGUUCAAGCAGCGCCGCAUCAAACUGGGAUUUACCCAAGCGGACGUGGGGCUGGCGCUGGGCACCCUCUACGGCAACGUCUUCUCGCAGACCACCAUCUGCCGCUUCGAGGCCCUGCAGCUCAGCUUCAAGAACAUGUGCAAGCUGAAGCCUUUGUUGAACAAGUGGUUGGAGGAGGCGGACUCCUCCUCGGGCAGCCCCACCAGCAUAGACAAGAUCGCGGCGCAGGGCCGCAAGCGGAAAAAGCGCACCUCCAUCGAGGUGAGCGUCAAGGGCGCGCUGGAGAGCCACUUCCUCAAGUGCCCCAAGCCCUCCGCCCAGGAGAUCACCUCGCUCGCGGACAGCCUACAGCUGGAGAAGGAGGUGGUGAGAGUGUGGUUUUGUAACAGGAGACAGAAAGAGAAGCGCAUGACUCCCCCGGGAGGGACGCUGCCGGGCGCCGAGGACGUGUACGGGCCCAGCAGGGACACGCCGCCGCACCACGGGGUGCAGACCCCCGUGCAGUGAACUCGCGGCGGGGGCGCCCGGCCCCUCCUCCUCUUAUGCUCUUUCCCCCAACUUUUGAUUGUCCUCCUUUUAUUCUUACUUGCUUUUCUUUUUUUUUUUUUUUAAUUAUUUUCUCCUAUCUUAACAAAAAAAAAAAAAAGGACAAAAAAACGCGAAAAAGAAAAAAAAAGAAAACAAAAUAAUGAGAGGGCGAGCGCGAAUCACAGCAGACAGACAGACAGACAAAGCACCUGCACCGGACUGUCCCUUAGACGGUAGCAGGUGCGAUGCUGUAUUUUGACCUUUCCAGGCGAGUGCCCGUGCACCGGAAUGGAGUGAGUACCGCGCACAAGCAGGCAGGCAGCGGCACCGGCAGGGCAGGCGCAGGGCGAAGCAGUUCACACAAAACUCCUUGGCUCGCUGGCGAAAAAAAUACAGCACUGCCCGGCCAGGGAGGGGGCGGGAAGGGAAGAGGAGGGCGCAGCCACCUCGGGUCCCCCUCCGCAUCCCCCUUCUGCCACAAAAAGGGAAGAUUGCAUUGUGGAAUGUCGCUCGGUGUUGGCACAUGCUGCUGUGUUUAUUUUCUGUGGAUCCCCUGUAGGAAUAUAUGAAAAAAAAAAAAAAAGAAAAAACGAAAAAAAAAAGAGAAAGGAAAAGCUCUCCCUUUUGAUGUAGACAGUAUUUAACCGUACCAAUUUGCACUGCAAGAAAAUUGAAGUUUACAUAAACAAUUAUUUUUUUCUUCCGCCCCCCCCCUCCCUUUCCGACCUUAAUUUUGCAAACGUCUUGCAUUUUCCACGGUGAGCGUUAGUCAACCAGUGACCGGUCUAUAAUAUGUUACUGUGGUUUAGCAUUUGCUUUAUGUGUAUAUGUGAACUUUUGUUAUAAACAAAUCUUCUUAAAUAUGUGUAACGCUUAUUUUCUCCUUUUACCGUAGCAAAAAGAAUGCGUAUAUCUGUAUGUAUGUAUACAUAUGCAUGUAUGCAUAGACGUACAUAUAUACACAUAUAUAAUCUCUCUAUAUACACAUAUAUAUGCACCGCCAGCUUCCAUUCUCCAGAGACGUGACUCUCUUAAUUGCUUAAUAUACGCCUUCAACGGCAAGAAUGGAGUUUUGAGAAGGGAGAAUAAUGCAAAUCGACAAAGUAAACUUCAUUUUCAGGCAGUGUGGCCGGGGGCCGAGGCGCAGCCAGAGGGGGAGGAAAAAAAUAUUUGUAGCCCUUCCAAGGUUGUGUCCGUGCGGACGAGCAAGGCCCGCUGUGGGAAAGGCACAGACGAAACAACACGUUUCCAGAGUUUUGACGGAGAAACUGGCACUUCCUUAACAGGGAAAGGGGAUUAUUUAGCUUCACCCCCACCCCUCCCAUUUCCCUUCCCCUCCUCCGCCGGGGGCUCCCCGUGCUUUUUGGCAUCCCCGGUCCCACUGCUUGGGCCAAUGUCGGCCUCCAAACUUUCUUUUAUUGAGCAGUUUCGCAGUGAGACAGAGCCAGGGAGAGCCUGAGGAGCUGCUGGGCCCGAGUAGGGGGUGUCCGGGUGCUUACACCUGCGUGUAAACACACGCUGCACCCUCCUCUCCGCAGAGACAUUGUGCGUUUCUUUUUCGCUUUUGUUUUUCGCUCCUUUUUUUUUUUUUUUUUCUAUUCGUAUCUGGCCCCCCACCCCCCACGUCCUUUGGUCAGACUGUGGUAUAAUUUAUUGAAGGAAAGGACCAGUUUUAACUUGGGCAGCCUUGUGUCUUUCACUGGGGAAUGAAAUGAAGCGGGAAAAAAAAAAUAUGCCAUUUUUCAAUCCGUCUUUUUUUCCCCCUUUCGUUAAUAGUUUUAAAGUGCAUUUCGUGUCAUUAUCUCGAUCGAAAACGGUUAACUUUAAAAAAAAAAAAAAAAAAGAGAAAAACCCACGGGGACAAAAAAAAAAAAGUAAAAAAAAAGGCAAAACAAAAAGCUCUGAAGGGAAGCGGGCGAGCGGGACCUCGGAGCAGCGCAUGUAUGUGCGUGUGUCUGCGUGUGUGUGUUUGUGUACUUAUGCACACACACAGCUAUGCAUAUACAUUAGAGGAAAUUUAAACUAUGGUAGCUAUAAAUUCAUAAAGGGAUCAUUUAGUCAGCACAAACGGGUGCUAUAGAGACAAAGCAUUUUUAUAAUCUAAAAGUUUACUUAGUUGAGUGUUGGACUGGAGAAAAAAACAGUGAAGCAUUCUCUCGCAGAACUCUCCUAUAAAUAUUGUAUUCAGUAGCUAAGGCUUUAGAGUAUGUUUCUCAUUGUCUUUUCAAGCGCCUGUGACAUUGGGUUUUCUUUCCUUCUUUCUUUCUUUCCUUCUCCCUUUAUUUUUCUUUCUUUCUCCCUUUCUUUUUCUUUCUUCUUGGUAAGACAGAUGAUGGUUUCUAAGAGGCACAUGCGUUAGCCUUUUUCCUAGUUUUCCAACAAUUGUUACAAAGAUACGGGCACCGAGCUUUUCUCUUUCUCUUUUUUUUUCUUUUAUUCCCCCCCUUUUUUUUUCUUUUUUUGGUUUUGUUGGUUUUUUUGUUGGUUUUUUUUUUUUUUUUUUUGGUAUGUAUUGAGCUGCUUGUUAUUUAAAGUGUUGAGGACUAGCGCCUAGUGAAGUGAAUCAGAUCAGGGCAGAUCCAGUGGUAAAGGGAGGAAAUGAACUUUCAGACACUUACUAAUAUGUGCGUAAGGUCAGAAAACGGAGUCGAAAGGAUGUUUGAGAAAAACCUCAAACUCCAAAUAGGUUUACUAAAAAAAAAAGUUACCACACAAACCUUACCACUAUGUAUAUAUGUUUAAUAUUUGUCAUUUGAAAUGCAGAAAUAGUUUCAAUGUUUUCUUUGUCUAUUUUUCUUUUCUUUAUUUUUUUUAAAUGCUACCCAGGGAAAUAUUUUCAUAUCAUUUUUAAGUGGCCUGCCUCAAUGUAUAUUUAUUUCUUUUAAAGCAAACAGGUUCUGGAAACUGUUUUUCUGUAGCUUUAAAUGAAUAGGUGAACAAAAUCUAUAUGGGAUGUAAUUUUUUUUUUGUUCAGUCUCUUUAAAAAUACUUCGUUUUGGUACAUUUGGAUGUGCUUGUGGGGAAAAAUAAAAACGCAGAGAUCCUUAUAUAUUUAUGUUAAAGUAAUAUUUUAUUAUCUACAUAAAACAGAAAUGCACAAUA